CUCAAUAAUCUUUUUUAUUUUGGCAUUUUACUUUGAUUUCUAAGGAGCUUAAUUAUAAAAUAUGGAUGCCAAAAAUUCUGCUUCUCAUAAACAUGUGACAUUGCUUCCCGAUGAUAUAGAGAAAGUUUCUCUUUUCAACCUCAUCAAAGAGUUAUUUUCUCCCAACAUUAGCGAAAGUAAUCUUUUAGAACACAACAUUACUAAGGACAAAGAGAACAAAUACUUUCAUAGGAAAAUGAUAGUUCUCUCUCUCUUGAUUCAGAUUUUGCUUAAGCGCUUCAUGGAUCGUCCCUUGAGGAUACUUGGAACUGCAAUUGAAGAUUUUCUUAACGGCAAUUUAUUUCUAAGAAAUAAAAGAGAAAGGGCAGUGGAGGAAGACGACGAUGGUUUUGUCUCUUUCCUUGGACAAAUUGACACCAGGAAAGAGCUCAACAAAGAUAUCAAGCAUGGAGAUUCCAGAUAUUAUCCUGCACUUACAAUGAUGGCAUCUAAACUUUCCUACGAAAAUGAAAUUUAUAUUAGAAAAACAGUUUCUCAUCACUGGAAGAUGGAAUACGUCAAGUUCUACGAUUGUUACAAUGAGUCUCAAAAGAAACCAACAACACAAGCAUUCAUCAUGCUAGAGGAAACUGAAGAUGAUAAAAUCAUUGUAGCAUUUAGAGGCACCUCACCCUUUGAUGCCGAUGAUUGGAGUACCGAUUUCGAUUUCUCAUGGUGCAAAGUUGAUGGAAUGGGAAAGAUUCAUAUGGGUUUCAUGGUAGCCUUAGGUUUACAGAAAUAUUUUCCUGAAGAUGAAGAUUAUUAUGGUUAUUUUCCUAAACAAAUUAAACAAGACCCUCAUAAACCAUUAGCUUAUUAUAUUAUUAGAGAUAAACUAAAAGAAAUGACGACAAACAAUAAUAGGGCCAAAAUUAUUGUAACUGGACAUAGUUUAGGUGGUGCACUUGCAAUUCUAUUUCCAGCCAUUUUGGCUUUGCAUGGAGAAGUGGAGUUAUUAGAUAAACUGGAAGCAGUUUAUACUUGUGGUCAACCAAGGGUUGGGGAUGAACAUUUUGGUGAUUUUAUGAAGAAGAGUUUAAGAAAGCAUAAGAUUAGAUACUAUAGAAUUGUUUAUGGAUAUGACAUUGUUCCUACAGUUCCCUUUGAUAAUACUUUGAUGACUUUCAAACACUUUGGGACGUACAUCCACAUUAACAGCUUCUACCAAGGAAAGAUAGUUGAAGAAGAGCACCAAAAGCUAGUCAAGAAAAAUGGGAAAGAAGAGCGUGUGAAGAGAUACUUGAGGCUUCUAAGAGUAGUAGUUAUGAUAAUAAUAAAGUGUAUGAUAGCAAGAUUAAGUGCAUUGUGGGAGUUAAUAAGGGGUUUUAUCAUCGGCUUCACUAUGGGGCCCUAUUAUAGAGAAGGUUGGCUACUUAUAGGUUUCAGGAUCUUUGGGCUCUUAUUACCUGGUGUUGCAAAUCAUAAUCCUCAAGAUUAUGUUAAUGCUACUAUGUUAGCCACUGAGGAUCUGUUCAAAUAUUACCCUUCGCAUACUUAGGCUUCGGAGGGAUCUUCAAAAAUGAACAAUAGAGUAACUUGUGAUGUUUUUUUUAAUGUAAAUAUUGCCAUGAUCUUCU